CUCUCGCUGAUUCCUGAUACCUCGCACAUAGCGCUCAUUCCGAUCAUUGCCUUCGGCCUCGGUACAUGGCAAGUGCAGCGCCUGGACAGAAAGACAAAGAUGAUCGCCAAAUUUGAAGACCGUUUGAUCAAGCCUCCGCUUCCGCUACCACCUCGAGUAGACCCCGACGCCAUCUCCGACUUUGAUUAUCGCCGCGUGCUCGCUACGGGUCGGUACCGUCACGAUCAAGAGAUGCUGGUCGGACCUCGAAUGAACGAUGGUGAAGACGGGUUCCAAGUCGUGACGCCUCUCGAGCGUGGAGACGGCCAGAGUACUAUUCUGAUCAACCGUGGCUGGAUCUCACGAAAGCUGAUGAAUCAGAAAGAUCGUCCGGAGGGCUUGCCCCAGGGCGAGGUUACGGUGGAAGGUCUACUAAGAGAGCCGUGGAAGAAGAACAUGUUCACACCUGUGAACAAGCCCGGAGAGGGCAAAUUCUAUUUCCCGGAUAUUCAGCAAAUGGCCGAACUGACAGGCAGUCAGCCAGUGUGGAUCGAAGAGACUAUGGUUCCGGAGUUGGUCGAGAUAUACAACCGGAUCGCGAAGGGACAACCGGUCGGCCGCGCUGCGGAAGUCAACUUGAGGAACAACCACGCCCAGUAUAUUUUCACCUGGUACGGUUUGUCCUUGGCCACGUCCAUCAUGCUUUGGAUGGUCGUACGAAAGAAGCCCAACGAUGCCUUGCGCCGAGUCCGUCAAAACCGCAACUGGUCCUAG